UCUUUACUACAUUUCCGGAAAGUUUAGUCGCCGCAUCUGCCUCACCACUGUCUCUGGACGUACAGAAGUUUGCAUAAAUAUAUUUAUACAUUUAAAUUAAAAAAAUGAGUGAAAUUAAGCCAAAUAAUUCAGCUCCUGCUGGAGACAACGGAGAGGAAAAAGACUGGGCUGCGGCAAAAGCCUUUUUUGACAACCUCAAAACAAACAAACCGAGACCUCCCAAACCCCGGUUUGCUGUCACCAUCGCCGUGUCUUCGCGUACCCUCUUCAAUAUGGUGGCAGAGAGGAAAAUCUAUGAGGAAGAAGGAGUGGAGAAGUACGUGGUUUAUCAGGUGGAACAUGAAAACGAACCUCUAAAGCCAGGAGCUGCUUUCCCCUUCGUCAAGGCGCUGAUGAAUGUCAACUCUCGGCUGAGGGAGCUCUACCCAGACAGCGAGGAGCUGUUUGACAUCGUCUUAAUGACUAACAACCAUGCCCAAGUUGGAGUGCGCCUCAUAAACAGUAUUAAUCACUACGAUUUGACCGUAGAGAGGUUCUGUAUGACGGGAGGGAAAAGUCCUAUCGGUUACCUAAAGGCCUACAUGACAAACUUGUACCUCUCCAAGGACUCGGAGAAAGUCACAGAUGCCAUAGAGGAAGGCAUUGCUGCAGCCACGAUGUUCAUGCCUGAAACAGAGACCGAUUUGAGCGACACCCAGCUCAGAGUGGCGUUUGACGGUGACGCCGUCCUCUUCUCGGACGAGUCGGAGAUCAUCGUGAAGAAGCACGGCCUGGACACCUUCUUUGAGCACGAGAAGGAGUUUGAGAACAAACCUCUCGCUCAGGGUCCAUUAAAGUGUUUCCUGGAGGCUUUGGGAAAGCUCCAGAGAAAAUUCUACGCCAAGAAUGAGCGUUUGAACUGUCCCAUCCGAACCUUCCUGGUCACGGCCCGCAGUGCUGCUAGUUCUGGUGCUCGAGUCCUGAAGACUCUCCGAAGCUGGGGCCUGGAGAUCGAUGAGGCUCUCUUCCUGGCCGGGGCCCCUAAAGGGCCCCUGCUGCAGAAGAUAAAGCCUCACAUCUUCUUUGACGAUCAGAUGUUCCACAUUGAGGGGGCCAAGGAACUGGGAACCAUAUCUGCACACGUGCCCUACGGGAUCGGACAGAAGUACCACAAGGGGAAGCCCAUCGAGCAGCCUGCAAAAACGGAGAAACCUUAAGAUGGUUAAAAUAUUAAAUAAGCACUACACUCAUCUGUUCCCACAAUCAGAUUUUAAUUAUUAAAAAAACAGCAGUAACUUUUAGAGGAUUCACGUAAUGAAUCAAUGAUGCAGUCUACAAAGUUUUCAGCUUUUGGGGGAGGUUUAUAAAAUAAUUUCUACUGUUCUCUCUUGGAUGGGGUUUUAUCGAUGAGAGGGGGAAUUUAUUUUCAAAGCAAGAGUUAAAAUAAGUGCCGUACUUUGACUACAUGCUGGUUUUGCCUUUUAACUGUAAUCUGUGUAUCUGUUUACCUUUUAAAAGUUGUCGUCUUUUCCUCAUUUUGUCAUUUUCUUUACACUUUUAUAUAAUAAACACUUGUUUAUUUUGUUUGUCAUGUUCAGUAUGACCAGCGGUGGAGAAUGUAUCUGCUGUAUUAGUGGGGGUCUGUUUUUUUCUUCUGGUGUCUGGCAUUAAUCUUGCACAUUUUAAGGCGCACAUUGACACGUUGUCAUAUCGUUUUCGUAUGGAUCAGAGUAGAAUGUGGUUUUUUCACAAGGGACACUGAUGUUGUAUUUUCUUUGUUGCUGUCUUUGCUGUGAUGUGCACAAACUAUAUGACAACUUUCACAUUAUAUUCCUCAGACUUUUAUACUUUUGCCUUAGAUCAGGUAGUUUUUAUAUAGGACUUACUACAUAUACUGUAUGUGUUUACAUCGAGGAGUUCACACACUCAUUUGUAAAUGUUAAUAUCAUGUCUGGUAGCCUUAUCAAGCAAGUCCUGAUUAAGUAAUGAUUUUCAUUGACUGUUCAAGGCUCAUGUUGUGGCAAUUAAAAUUUUUUGCACCAUU